CGGAGCCCUCGAGUUUACCUGCCCAGGUGAGGUGCUAAGCGAAGUCGCAGUCAUGCUGGAGGGUCGGCACUCCCAAGACGUGGUAACUAAAUUCCGCCGCUAGCAAAGAAUGAAGGAGGAGAAUCUUUACCAAGGCUGGAUGCCUAAUAUGCACCGACACGUACCCUUUUCCCUGGAUUUGGGCCAUAUGGCGACCAGCUUCACCUGCACCGAUACCAAAGCCAACGAUCAAACUCCACCUAGCAAAGCCAACAAAACGGUAGAUGGCAGUGAUGACGAUGUGAUCGCACACGUCCUGGGGGACUUUGGGCCUUGGCAACUGCGCUCCCUGCUCAUCCUGUUCCUCUGUAAAAUUCCCGCCGCCUGGUUCAUGGCCUGCAUCCUGUUCACAGCGCCGGAUCUGUACCCGGAGGAGGAGUACAAGUGUGAUGCGAGGGCUUUCGGGCCGGAGGUUAACUCUACCGUCUCGCUGGACCACUGCUAUGUGAUGGUUAACUACGGGGAGUCCGGCUACGCCAUGCGCCAGUGUAGCAAGUUCCUCUACACCACGGGCUUCCACUCCCUGACCAUGGAGUUCGAUUUGGUGUGUCUGUGCGACUUCUUUGUGGCCUGGUCCCAGUACUGGCACCUCUUUGGCCUUCUAAUCGGUGGAGUGGCGGCCACCAAGUUGAUGCGGGUCUUGAGUCCCCGACAGAUUUAUGCAACUGGCAUCUGGUGCCUUCUCAUGUGCAGUCUGCUGAUGGGUCUGGUCAAGGACUUCAGUCUGCACUGCGGACUACGAUGCUUGGCUGCUGUUUCAUGCUGCUUUAUGAUCACCUCCGGGCUUUAUAUAUUUGGUGACAUAACAGCGGGAAAAUAUCGCGUUGGAGCAGUUCUACUUUACGACUGCUUCUGGGCUGUGGGCUUGAUCCUACUCCCAGGCAUAGCCUCUGGUGCUCCCAGCUGGCAGCACAUAUACUUGGGUGUAACUCUCUCCUUGCUGGUGAUUGUCUUCCUGCUGCCCUGGACUCCGGAUUCCCCGCGCUGGCAGCUGCAGCACACCAAGGAAGGCCAACUGGCCAUCGAGCGAACGGUGAGAAUCCUGCUGGAAGCAGCCCGUACCAAUGAAAGGAUGCACAAGGUAUCUAAGGAGUUACCACAGCUGUUGGAACAGCUGAGGGAAAUGAUGCUGGAGCCAAUGCCCGCAGUGCAUUGGAUGCAUUUGUGGAUGGGGCAGCGGAAGAGUACUUUCCACUUGGUGGCUGUGCACAUGGCACUAGCCACUUUCAUGGUGGUCAACACCGGGCUGCUGCUCCAUGUGCGGUCCUUUGGCAGGGAGCACCUGGUGUCCAACACAUUGGCCAUGGGCCUGGCCGAGAUUCUGGGCUGCUUCCUGGCCCUGCACCUGACCUUCAACCAGAGGGAACGCAAGUGGCAGUGGGCCGGAGGAUUUGCCAUUGUGGUCGGCUGCAUCGGUAGCAUCUGUUGGUUCCUCGCCGAGGGUAAUAUGCCAGAGGUUUAUGGACUCACGAUGGGAUUGCUGAUGGCCUCGCUUCCCCAGGCGGCCGUGGCCUGCGCCCAGUCCAUGAUCAUGGCCUGCUUGGGCGAGUUGGUGCCAUUGGAGCAGCGUAGUUGCCUCUCAUUUUCCGCCGUCACGUGGGCGAGGGUGUGGCAGCUCUCCGCCUCUUUUCUCACGCUGCUCAGGCAGGUGAGCCCCGCCCUCUCCCUGUCCGCCUUCUGUCUUCUGGCCAUCCUGGGCGGCCUCUGCACAUGUUGCCUGGUCACGCGGGACAAGGAGCAGCAACCGGGAGGAGCUGCGGUUAAUAAGAGACAGCAACUAAUAGGGCUUACGUAAUAACGUAUACUUAAAAUAUGGUUGGGUGUAUAUGAUAAGUUAGUUUUAGUGUCUGUCAAG